GUACAUACUUAGUUGUACUUUUUUAUUCUGCUCUCUCUCCCUCCCUCGGAUUUCAAAAACAUUUCACCUGGAGCCACUCGAACGAGAUUCUCUCUCAAAUCAAUGAAUAUGAGGUGAAACCCCUUGUUUUACGCCCCUCUCCCUCAGUACUCCUAAUUGACUCGGGAUACCUACUGAAAUUUAGCUUAUGUAUUCGGAGAGUGCUCUAAAUGUGCCAUUUUGGAAAUUUCUCCAAAAAGUGGUAAUUUUUUAUUGUAGUUGUCUAGAAUGUCAUGUUUUUAGUCAGAAUUACUAAAUGGUCGCAGUUUUUGUAAAAAUUGUCAAAAGUCUUAAUUUUUUAUAAAUCUGGAAAAAAUCGCAUUUUUGUAAAAAUUGUCAGAAGGUCCUAAUUUCUACCAAAAUUGCCAAGAAAUUCCUGAUUUUUUGCCUAAAUACUUAUCCAAAAAAUAUUGAUUAUUGCCUUAAUUGUUUGUUUUUAAUGAAAUUGUCAAAAUAGUCCUUAUUUUUAUUCGAAAAGGUUUUUUUUCAAAAUUGCCUAAUGAAAACCCCGUUUUUGACAAAAUAUCCAAAAAGUUUUAAUCUGUAGCAAAAUUGCUGAAAAAAUCCGUUUUUUUCCCUCCAAAGUCUUGUUUUUUUUCAAGAUUACCAAAUAAUUGCCAGAAAGUUCCAUUUUUUGCUAAAAUUGAAAAAAGGUCUUAAUUUUUGAUGAAAUUCGAAAAAAUUGCAUUUUUCUCCAAAUUGUCAAAAAGUUCUGAUUUUUUUAAAAAAUCGCCAAGAAAUUCCGGUUUUUUGACAAAAAUAUAAUCGCCGUAAUGCGAACGGAACCGUAUAAACAGUAAUAAGGUGCACCGGGGCAAGUCAGAAUGAUUUUUCGCAAUUUCAACUUUGACCAGCUGUUACUCCCCUUCUAAUGAACCAAUAUGGAUCAAAUUUAUUAUGUAGGUUCCCAUAAGGGUUCUUAACCUAUGGUGAAAAUUUGAGCGCGAUUGACACAGUAGCUUUCGCCCAGUGCAAUAAAAUAUAAAUGGUUCUGACUUCCCCCAAUUGGGGGAAGUCAGAACAGGCAAAACUUUGCAGAGGCGUAGAUCACAAACGGAGCGUCCUAGAAAAAUUGCAUAUAAACAAAAUUGUAGAGAAUUUAAUUCUCUUUGAGAUCACUCUCAUCAGAUUUUCACUAGGACGCACGGUUCAUCCGCUAUAUGCGAAAAACUAAGAAAUAAAAAGUCUGCAUUUUAGAACAAAUUCAAAACAAGUUCAAAACAACAAGAAAAUACAAUUGAACCAAAGACAUCUAAAAUGAAACUGAAUCGCGAAAAUUUGUACGCCGUGAUGAAGUAGGGGUAGUACCCUCAAGUCACCUUUAGUGGCACUUCGCCAGAUAUAAACCUCUACAUGCUAGAGCAAGUUUUCUAACUUACCCCGAAUUCCAACUUCCCCUGGUGCACCUUACUUAAACGAAUAGAAUCUCGGAUAUUUGAGUAGAAAAUCUAAAAGUCACAAUUGAUGUUUGUUGGCUUUAUACAUACAUUGUAUCUCAAUAAUACAACAAAUUACGAGUAUUUACGACAAAAUAAAUAAAUACAUACAAAUAAUGACGCGAAUUUUACAUUAUUUUCAACACUUUCCCUAAUUCGAGAAUUAUCGAGUAAUAAUCUAAAUUCAAAACUACUCAAAAAAUCUAACAUGAUGAACGUUAAUCAUGUUUCCUCGAAUUCGGAUGGUCUCAAACGACGCUUUGAAAAGAGAACCAUUUUUCGAUCUCGGACUGGUGAACAUAACGCGAUUAUCUGCUUCGAAUUUGCAGAAUGUAGUAGGCAAAUCAUCGAUUAAUGGUUCAACUCCUUACCAGAUGUGGUUUGGUAUACCACCGCGAAUAAAACAUCUUCGAAUUGUUAGUUCGAAGUGUUACAUUAACGUUCCGAUCCAGUCACGUCAAAAUCUGGAUAAAAAGGUUCUCGAAGGUUACCUCGUCGGAUACGAUGGUGACGAGCAAUGUCGAGUUUACAUACCAGCGAAAUGUGACAUUGUUAUUUCGAAAGAUGUCACCUUCAACAAGAAACUUCAAGAUUGCAACCAACGAGUUACCUUACUGAUCAAUCGAGAUUUGCUAGAUCCGAUUGAUAAUGAUACCAAUACCGAAAUAAGCGAUGAGAAGGAUACUAAAAGUGCACCUUCUAUGUCGAAGUCAUCGCCUGUUACGUCGAAAUCUUUGACCAAAUCAACUCCGAAAAGUUCACCGAAAUCAUCGAAUACCUAGUUCUUUGCUCGAGAAUGACAAAUUCGAUGAUGCUAACGAUAAUAUCAACAAUGAUAUCAACAAGGAUUGUCAAGACGAUUCUGCACUCGGUUCAGACUUGACAAAAUGAAAAUGGCAAUUAUUAUGCGGCCAAAAUCAUUCGAAUUCUCAAGACAUCAACGGGAAUUUUUAUCAACAUUGUCAUAAAAAAGUCAUAAUUUUUGUCUAACAAGAAGUUCAGUUUUUUUCUCCAAAGUUGCAUAAUUAGGAAACCCUCGUUUUUAAAAAAUCAAAAUUGCUCCCCUCUCCAAAAAAAGCUACCAUUACUUCAAAAUUCUCAUAAAGUUUUUUUUCAAUACCUACCUAAACUCAUAAACUGCCACAAAAAUCGGUUUUCUAUGUCAAGGAAAUUUCAUUUUUUCCAAAAUUUCCAGUUUUCGAAAAUGGAUAAAGUUAUGACUUGAAUAAAUUUACUUAAAACCUCCUCCCUUCCAACAAAAAUUAUUAUUUUGGUGCCUCUCAAAUUGUAAAUUUUCAAAAGCUUCAAUUCUCGAAACUUUUCCAACAAUUUUUCUUCGAUGAAAUGUUUUCUUCUCUUUUUGAAUUCAGUUUUCAAAGAUCAAAAACUGAAAAAAUACUAAAAAAAAUUUAAAAAAGUGAAAAUUUUUGAUUUUGAAUUACCAGUUUUGAAUUAAGAAUGUUUUUUUUCUUUCAUCGAAUUAAACAACGUAUCUAUUGAAGUUUUCAAUUUCUUUAAAAAUAUUUUUUGGAGGCUAAGUACUUAAAUUAAUACAUUUUUUAAGGUCAGGUGGGAGUAGGGUUAAAACGGGCAACCUGGCCACCUUCACGUAUCGUCCGCUAGGAGCGGUAGUUUCGUUUGUUGGUUUUACGAUCACGAUCGUGAUCGAUGGAGGUUUGCGGGUUGGAAGUGUUGGUUGUUCAGAGGGGGGUAUACUCCACGCGGUGUACAUCGAGUACGUCAAUUAAAUGGUACGAUUUUUUUUUUUUCUUUAGAUGGGGGAUUAAUAAAAUUAUCAAUUUUGAAUUUUUUAAAACCAUAAAAAAAUCGCAAGUGCAACAUAUCGAUUGUUAUGUUUUCAUGUAUGACAAUUCGGAAAAUGAGUUUAUUUUUCACGUACGAGUUCGUUAAACCCUUGAAAUUUGAUUUUUUUUUUUACUUAGAAUCGUGAGAAAUAAAUGAAGUGAAGGAUGGAGGAAUUUCUUAUGAUUUAUUUUUUUUCUUACGAAUUCAUCUUCUUACUAUUUUUUCUUUCUUAUGAAUUCAUCUUCAUACUCGAAUACAUGAUCGAUCCUAUAUGAAGAUGAAUUCAGACGAUUCAGAAAAUGUGUUUAUUUUUUUUUGAUAGGAGCUGUACUUCAUCCUGAUGCAAACAGCAGGUAUUGAACUUUGAACUAAAAAUAAUUGAAAUUUUGAUCGAACACAUAGGUAUUUUAUUCUCUUCAAAUGGUUAUUCACCUCAUAGGUACCUAUUUUAUUAUUACAAAAUGAACGUAAUUUUAUUCUCUUUAAAAUGGAUGCUUAGGUAGGUACGAUAUUAUUGUAAAAUGAUCGUAAUUUUAUUCUCUUCAAAAUGGUUCUUCAUCCAGAUACAAGCGGUGUGUAUUGAACUUCGAACUCUGAAAUUUUGAUCGAACACAUAGGUAGGUAUUUUAUUUUUAAGUGGGUGCUUAGGUAGGUACAAUAGAAGUGAUUGGAAAAAUAACGGUACUCAAAUUAAUUUUUUUUUGUCUAAUCGUCAAUUCAUUCAUGUAAAAUGAGUGUUUUGCUUCAUCAUUCGAUUUUAAAAUGCUGAAUUGACGAUUCAGCAAAUUAAAUUUUGCAUGUAUAUUUACCGUUUUUUUUUUCUAUAACCGUUACUUUGACCAUUAUAAAACAGAUAUUUGCCCGGAAAUUCAUAUCAGUUGUUCUGUUCUGUUUUCAUCAAUAAUUUCGACUUUCGCUUGUGAACUGUGAUCGUAUUUUUUUUGUCCAAAUAACAACUAUAAUAUUUUCAUUUUUCAUCUCGCUCCGUAUUCGUUUCGUUAUUGUAACUGAUUAGAAUAAUUUUUGUCCUUAGCUUGCAAACCAAAGCUUUGAUCGAUUCCGUUUUUAUUGAUAAUUUUAUUUAAAAUUUUCAUCUCGAUACGUUUUCGUUUGUUACAAGAUUUUUGAAUUUUGCGAAUUAUUCAUUUUUGAAAAUUUGCUACUGUUUUACCUGUUCCCCAAGGGUUCAUCUCGUGUUGUUUUCAUCGAAGGUGUUUGUUUCUUCUCGACUUUUUUUUGAUUUUGAUUUCCUGUGUUCUAAAGAAGAAGAAAAAAAUGGCUUCAAAUAAUUCCUCUACGUCUACGUCUACAUCAUCAUCGUCAUCUUCAAGCUUAACCAUGACAAACAAUCCAGUUGAAUAUCGUUUUACUGCUAGCUGCCCCGAUUUCGUUGCGCAGGAUAUAAUUUACAUACUGGAAAAUAUAUUUGACGAAUCGUCAUGGAUGAAUGUCAAGAUAGAGGAAAAAGGAGAACAUACAGUAGAAUUUACAAUUCCUUUUCCGGUUAAAUUGCAGACCGUCAUAAAAAAAGUAACAGAGGCAGGUUUUGAAAACCUAUCAAUUAAUACCAUAAAUGUAUCGGAAGUGUCCAGGAAACGAUUUUUAGAGUUAAAAACUCUGCAACAAAAAAAACGCAAGUUGAUGAACAGAAUGCUUAUACGUGAAGGAGGUGAAGAAGAAGUCAAUGAUGGAAACUGAAAAAAAAUUUGUUGAUCUACUUACUGAUUUUAUUCAACUUGUAAUUCCAUGUUUUCUUUAAAUUAUUUUUUUUUUUUUUCAUUGAAAAUACAUAAUGAAUACUUCUGAGAA